GGCGCGCUAGUGUUAGGACGCGCCGCUCGACACCCCGACGCGAAGAGCACGCGGAAGGCAACUUGCACGCAACUCGAUCUAGUGUUAAAAAAAAACAAACCCAAAAACAUUAAAAACUCAUUGUUUAUGUUGUUGUAAAAUAGAUAAGACACUCUGUCUGUUGUUUUUUUUUUUGUUAGUUUUGUGAAUGAAACAGUGAAUGAUUUUUCCAGUUACCCGUAAUUGAAAGGUCUUUGGCGUGCCCUGGCCUCAUCAGCUUACGAGAUGGCCGGCGUCACAUGAAACUUCAACAAAACCAAUCUAUCCGUGAACAGUUGAUCGAAUUUCAAUCAAGAGGAAUUUUUCAAUCUAAUGCUAAACCUGUGGCGUGACUCAGUGAUAUCAUUUCACUAUAGAUUUAUAGACACUCGCUUUCAACAAGUGAUAUUUCGUUACGGUGAUCGUGUGUGAAUCGAGAGAGCCGCCAUGACGAUUCAAGGGCCCUCUCUGUUCUACAUUUUGAUAAUGUUCCUCGCUUGUUCGCGAGACCCACUCAUAUACGCACAAACGACGAGCACGGAGGUUGGACGACCGGUGCAAAGAACGACAGAAGCGAUUCGAACGAACACGACUAUGUACGCAUGGAGUUCGUGGGGAACCUGGACUCCUUGCUCGAAGACCUGCGGAGGUGGUGUGGCUGUACAGGAACGGCACUGUCUGCCCAGGGAUCCUGCUAGAAUGCGGCGUAGUAGAAAAAGAAGGAAACUUGUAAGGAGUAUAGACCACACGAGGCGAGCACGCAACGUGAUCCAUGGACCGAGCUCAUCGGGACCUGACUGCCCUGGACUAGCAAGGCGAUACCACGAGUGUAAUACUGCACCCUGUCCUGGUCCAGUGCGAGAUCCGCGCGUAGAACAGUGUGCCAUGUACGACCGGAGACCUUUUCGCGGUCGGUUCUAUACCUGGGUGCCUUAUGUUGAUGGUGACUCCCCAUGCACCCUCAACUGUCGGCCGCGGGGACAGCAGUUCUAUGCAUCGCUGGCGCUGGUGGUGGACGGUACGCCGUGCACGAAGCCAGGGUUCCGAGCCAUCUGCGUGCAAGGAGAUUGUAAGGCGGUGGGUCGCGAAGGUGUCUUGUCAUCGGUCGCGUCUCGUGAGCUUCGCUGUGGUCGACGUCUGGUGUCAGGCCUGUUCUCUCGACCACGCCUGCCACUCGGAUACUCCUAUGUCACUACCGUUCCUCGAGGCGCCUGCAGACUCAACAUCUCUGAAGUGACACCCAGUGACAACUACAUAGCGUUGAAAGUAUCCAAUGGGUCGUACAUAAUGAAUGGUGAGUUCGCGGUGUCGGCGGCGGGUACGUACGAGGCUGCGGGCGCACGCUUCGUGUACACGCGACAGGGCUCGCUCGACAGCGUCAUCGCACACGGGCCCAUACACCACCCCAUCGAUAUCAUGAUCCUGUACACGCAACCAAAUCCGAAUAUAAAAUACGAAUACUUAACUGAUUUAGAACCUGACGAAACUAGUAAUGAUAUACCAACAGCCAACCCUGUGCCCCACCACUCGGCACAACGACACCACCGGCAUCACAACAUCGAGCCACACCUGCGCGACCUCGAAACAAAAUCCGAGCCAUCUCUGUCGAAGAUACCAGACUUCAAUAAUUUGGAAAGUCAAUCUCAAGUUGAGAGUAAUGUUAUCGGAAGCAGAAAGUUUAUUUGGAAGAUUAUGGAAUUUUCGCAAUGUUCACGUAGCUGUGGAGGUGGACUUCAAAUCGGAAAGUUUAAGUGUGCUGAAGUCACUGAGAAAGGCGAUAAGGAAGUGUCUCCCUUCCACUGCACUGGUGCUCCUCCACCAGCACGCCGACGUCGCUGUGGAGGCAACCCAUGUCCUCCACGAUGGAGAGCGGCCGCUUGGGGACCCUGCCCAGUUUGUGGACCAGCACACAGGACGCGAAUUGUGGGCUGUGUUCAGGACCAUGCGCGAGGAAUCACUAAGAUAAGCGACCAAAAAUGUCCCUUACCAAUGCCUCCAAGCAGCGAACUCUGUGACAUUCCAAACUGCGACGGCACGGCUGCUACGACCUCUGUACCACGACUGGACGCUAGGCGUCAAGUGCGACCAAAGGACCGAACUGACAAUUUCAGAGAAGGCCCAGUGAUAUCCCUCGCCACAAACUUUACUGAUAACGACAUUGGAACCACACCAGCACCAAGCUACAGCCACAAUGCUGGAGGAGGAUGGUUGUACACAGAAUGGUCUCAGUGUGUAGGUUGGUGCGUGGGUGGAGGUGUGCAAUCUCGAGGAGUUCGAUGUGUAGAUCCUAAUGGAUGCACAACUCAUCGUGCGCCAGAACAAACACAAUCAUGUUCUAUCAGGAAACAGUGUGACGCGCAGUGGUUUACGAGUGAAUGGUCAGCUUGUUCUGCUACGUGUGGUGGUAAACAAGUGCGUGGUGUCAUCUGCAUCGGAGGCAAUGGCAGGAGACUGCGAGACUCCAUGUGCAGAGGAAAUAAACCUGAUGCUGAGCAGGCUUGUGGAGGAACCUGCAGUCCUUCAUGGUAUCUCAGCGAUUGGUCGGAGUGCCAAGGUCCAUGCGAGGCUGGCGUUCAAUCUCGCACAGUAUGGUGCGCGCGCGGUGGUGCAGAGGGCGCUAGCGGCGCGGCGCGAGACGCGGACUGCGCUGGAGUGCGUCCCCCAGCUAAACGUUCUUGUGUGCCAUCACGGUGCUCCACAAGACCAGCAGUCAAGACUGCGGUUGUGAAUGCACCUCCAUCAGUUUCAGAUCCACAACAACGUGUAACUAGACACCAAAGCCAUACAGCACAAAAUGUUCGAGACAGAUCUUACGCCGACGGAGCAUGUAUAGACAAGCUGAAUAACUGCGCGUUGGCAGUGCAAGCUCGGCUGUGCCAUUACCCGUACUACGCCGACUAUUGUUGCAAAUCCUGCCACGGACGGUAAACCAUCAUAGUUGGAGUACAAACAUUGAACACUAAGGCGCUAUUACACGUAUUGUGAUAUAAAAUGGACGCAUAGUGAGAAUACGUAAAGUUUAACAAGCCGAGGGCCGCGGCUCCGUCUGCGCACCAACUCACACGCUAAGCCCGUAACUGAUCAACGCGAUCAAAUACUCACAGCUACAAUGAAUCCUUUCACGAUGAAAGUGGAACGUGUUCGCUUCAAUUAAUAGGUACGGAAAGGUUAAGCGCUAAUGCACCGAGUAUUAAGUCUGAAUCAAGCCAAAGUGAAACAGACUAAGACUAGUUAUCGGAUUGACUUACCUAAAUGACUCACUCAAUUCUGUAUCGAGUUAAUUACUCAAUGUUUAUUGUGUUCUGCACUAAAAUGGUAGGUGUCAUUGACAAAGAUGGCGGUGUGCGCGCGGCUCAAAAGUGAAUAAACGUUCGAGUUCUUGUAAGUAUUAGGAAUAGUUUCGUGAUCUCCAGUUUAGUCGAGUUAUGGAGUCGAUCUGUGAACUGUAGAACUAUCAAAAUUAUAAAAGUGAAAAAAAAAAUAUAAUAAAAAUCAUUUCGUUUAUAUCUUUACAUUUAUUGCACGACAUGUUAUCGAGUUGAGCACUUGUAUGCGUAGAUUUUUUUAUAACUUGCCUGUAACAAAAUGGAAUUAUGCAUUUUACCGAAUUUCUUAUACUGUAUUACUUAGGAGAUUAAUUCAUGUAAGCAUGUUUGGAACUACAGUUCAUUUUGCGUUUGUAAUGCAACUUAGGCUAUGCAAUAUAGAUUAAGAACAAAAAUAGUAUUUCUUAUUGUUCUAAUAGUUUCUUCGGUAUGUACUUAUAGAAACUAUAAUGCUGGCUCCACACGUGUUCGAUAGCGUGUCGGUAAGGGAUGGUAAUGUAACAUUGUAUGGUUUACGUUACACGUUCCUUAGUUCGCCGAGCGCUGUUCGCAGAUGUGUGUCGCCGGCAUCAGUGUUCAUAAUAACUUAUUACACCGAUUCUGUUUAUCAAAGAGUCAGUUUUGUAUUAUUAAAGAGUCGCAUUGUGUAAAUAGAUAAUUAUUUUUAUAUGUAUAGUGCAUUUACUUACUGGCUGUUAAGUAUUUAUACGACUGUAUUAGUUAAAACAUUGUACCAUCACAGUAAUGUAUGUAAUAAUUGGUUUUCGCUAAAAUGUAACUACCAUUUAUUAAAUUUUUUGUCUGUACUAAUGAUGCAUAUAACAAUGUACAAAAAUAAUAAGCUUUAAACACUG